CAAUGGCCGAGGAGAGCGUGGACUCCGUGGCGCUCAACAUAGACGAUCCCAUAUUGGGCCAGCGGUUAACAUUGAGCUUCCGUAACAUUUGUUAUCGCCGCAAGGAUGGCAAACGGUGCAAGGACAUUCUCAAGAACGUGUCCGGGACGUUCCAACCUGGCCGCUUGGUGGCGGUUCUGGGGCCAUCCGGGGCAGGCAAGUCGUCGCUGUUGGGCAUCAUCUCCGGAAUGAAACAAUCCGGAGUAAUCGGAACGCUCGAAGUGAACGGCACCAUCCUCGACCGGAGAAAGUACCGGCAGCAGUGUGUCUACAUUCCGCAAGAUUUCGACCUUAUCGAGCAUCUGACCGUGCUGGAAACGAUGAGCUUUGCGGCCGACCUGAAAAUGCCCUCGCAUGGCCGGUCGGAGAUGGUGCGCAAGAAGAAGGUAAACGAUAUCCUUCGUGUCCUGGGACUGGACUCGAGCAUGCAGACGCUGGUAAAAAGUUUGUCCGGCGGCGAGAAGAAGCGCCUAUCGAUCGGCAUCGAAAUGGUAUGCAAUCCCCCGAUCAUCCUGCUCGACGAGCCGACGAGCGGAUUGGACAGUGUUUCGGCGAUGCAGCUACUGCGCUACGUGAAGACACUGUCCGAUGAGGGCCGUACCGUGGCAUGCGUAAUCCAUCAGCCGUCAUCGAGCCUGUUCGGUCUGUUCGACGAUCUGUAUCUGCUGUCCGGUGGAAAUUGUAUCUACCACGGGCCGGUCGAUGCAAUGGUCAGCACCUUCAGGGAGACAGGCUUCCACUGUCCGAGGUACUACAACCGAGCAGACUUUGCUCUUGAGGUGGCUUCCAAAUCUUCCAAAGAGUUGGACUAUCUGGCGCUGAGAUACAGUAAACAAGCAGCUGCGGCCCGGAAGACAUCCCGGCAGGACAUCAUCGCUGAUCAGGAUUGCUUGGAUUUGGUGGUGCAGAACGAGGACGCUGUCGUAGCCCGACCCGUCACGACGGGGUUGCGCUACCAAAUUCCGCAGUGGAAGCAGUUUUUCAUUCUUCUGCGACGAUCGUUGCGAGUCACUUCGCGUGAUUUUUUUUUCGCCCAACUACGCGUGAUCGCACACGCGCUGGUGGGUUUUCUGCUGGGUGUCGUCUUUUACCAGUGCGGAGAGGAUGCGUCCCAAGUGAUGACGAACGGCGCCAGUUUGUUCUUCUUUCAAAUGUUCAUCUUCUUCGGCAACGCCAUGCCAUGUGUUAUCACCUUUCCACUCGAGGCGAAAGUAUUCAUCCGCGAGCGACUCAACAAUUGGUACUCACUCGAAGCGUACUACCUUUCCAAGAUAUUCGCCGACCUGCCGCUGCAGAUCAUCUGUCCGACGCUGUUCCUGGCGAUCGCCUACAGCAUGACGGGCCAACCGCUCGAGUGGGAACGCUUCGCGAUGACUUGGCUCGUGGUCUUGCUGCUGGGGAUGUGCGCCCAAACGAUCGGGUUGCUGUCGGGAGCGGCCUUCGACGUACAGAUGGCGACCUUCUUCGUACCCUGCUUCACCAUUCCAUCGCUCCUGUUUUCGGGCUUCUUUGUGAAGUCCUUUGAAAUGCCCGAGUUCCUGCAGCCGGUUGUGUACACUUCCUUCUUCCGGUACAGCUUCCAGGGCUCGUUGCAGGCGAUCUACGGCAACAACCGGACCAACUUUCCCUGCUCGGAGAUCGUGUGCUACUUCAAUAGGCCGAGCAAGUUUCUCAAAUUCAUGGACACUCCGGAGACCGGGUACUGGGAUAACGUGGCCGUGCUCGGCGGGUUCAUAGUGCUAUUCCAAAUCGUUCUCUACAUUGUACUGCGGCACCGCUUGAAGGUGUACCAGUGA